AUGGCUUUGGUGCUGGUUAUGGGAAUACCGGGAAGCGGAAAAACGACUCUGUGUAAGGACCUUGAGGCUUUGAUUGGUCCUAAUGCGUUACGGAUUUCUUUUGAUGAAGUUUUUGCCUACUGUCGUGUUACGGGUGAAGCUGAACCAUGCUCAUUGUUGGGGUGCCAUGAGUAUACUGGUUAUCGCUCUUAUGCUCGAUUGGAGAGAAGGAUUUGCGAAUCUAUGAUACGGCAUGGUUUAAAUAUGAUGGAAACCGAAGGUAAAUUUUUUGUCCCGCCGUAUGAGUCGGUCUUAUGGAACAUUUCUGACUCGUUUAUUAUUGUCGAUGACAUUUUCUACUUGCAAAGUAUGAGACGUCCUUUCAAGAGGAUGGCUAGAGCUCACUCUUUGUGUUAUAUUGUGGUGUAUAUGGACACACCCAUUGAUGUAGCAAUUGAUCGGAAUUCUGGCCGUCCUCCAAAAGUAUCUAUAUCUGAGAAAACGAUACGUCGGAUCUAUGAAGAGAUGGAGAUCCCAUCUGACUCGACUGAAAAUGUGAUCAGGUUUACUCCAUCUGAUAGUAUAGAGAAUUUGGUUGCGCGAAUUAAUGAUAUACGUAAGCAGUGCGGAUCAGUUUGCUUAGAGAAAAAAGCUAGUCACGCAAGAAGCGCAACUGCAGUUGCUAAAAAUAGCAUUUGGCAAAACCUGGAACAAGAUCUUCGAAAAUGUGUUGGAGAACUGGUAAGUGAAGUAAAGUCCAAAGAGUUAGCCGUUGCUUCGAGCGCAGCAAAAAAGCAAAUUAUUACUGAGUUUCGAGCCAGCAACCGUAAGGAAUGGGAUUGCUUGGACCUGAAAAGUCUUUUGAGGUCAAAACUGAAUGACAAAGGCUUCAAAUGUUAA